AGGUAUGGGGAGGAAUGGGUAAUCUCGUUCUAGGCAUGGGAUAAGAGUUGGGUAGUGAGAUUGGUCUUCAAUCUCUUUUCUGUUGUAUGCGUCGUAUGAGGGAAAAACUCAAUUUUGCAUCUGAUUCUUAGUUUUUGUCUUCUAUAUGAUUUUUAAGUACUCUAAUUGAUGUUCUUGACUUGUAUGUAUGCUUAAAUUUGUGUAUCAAACUAAUCUUGUGGAUCUUGAAUUGCUUAUGGGUUCCUAUGGGAACCCUAAAAGAAUGCGUUUUGGUAAAUUGUAUGAGAAGUUGAUAUGAAAAUGUGAUUAUGUAUGAUUCGUGUCUUUUAGAUGUGUAUCUUAACCUUUUGAUGUGCUUUGCCAAUUGAAAUUGUAAAUGGAUAAAUUAUACUUGUUGCCUCUCUUGAAUUUGAAAGAAUGCCAGAUUUUUCUCUUUCUUGCCACAAUAUUGGACACUUGGCCAAUCAAUGCAGAAAAAUUGAUGAAUUCACUGCCAAGAAUCUCAAAGCCGGUCCAAAAUUUAGAGUUGAGGUAGACGGUGAUGCUUUUGGUUUGAAAAAUAAUGUGGAGUUAAAGGUAGGUGCAAUUGCAGCUAAUGAUGUGCAACACCUAUCUGGUGCGGUCUCUCUUUGUGAUAAAGCAACGGACAAUGUUAAAUCAGUUGCUGAUCACACGGCUAAAUUUUCUACAGUUUCAGCAACUGUUCAGCAGUUGGAUGUCUUGAUGUGGGAUCAACUGGUCGGUGAUGGUGCUUAAUCUGAAAGUAGGUGAUCACCAAAUUUGGAUGUGGCUAUUGAUCAGGCCAAUUAUCUCUACAGUAACAACUCCUUCUGUUGUUGUUGAUCUUGGUGAUGACUAUUCAACUAAGAAGGUGUUGGAUCAGAUUUCGAAGGAAUCUAAGACUAAUUUAGAGAAGGGGAUAAAUUUUGAUUCUUCUUUGGAUAGUAUGCAUCCUUGGAGGACAUUUCUGAUGAGAAUACUCAACCAAAUUACUCUGCUAAAAUGUCUCAUACUGCUACAGGGACAAAAACUGCUGUUAAAGCUCCUCGUGCUAAAUGCUCCAGUAUCCUCUGAUAUUUUAGCCAUCCCAAAAUCUCAUAAAAAAUGGGAUUUUGCAGCAAUUGUUACUGCUGCGUCUGAAGAAGAACAACAGGACUUGCUACCUCAUGUACCUCAAAUACCUUAAAUCCAUGAUCUUGAGUGCAAGUAGUUUUAUGUUAGAUCCAAGUCUUGAUGGAAUAGCAUAUUUCUAUAAUGUUUAACAGGAUUUGUCAGAUUUUCCUCCUUUGUCCAACAAACAAGACUUUGAUAUCCUUGUUGCUGGUGGGUUUGAUUGGAAAUAAGUGUCUCAAUCCCCACAAAAGGUUAAGAAUCAAAAGUCCAAAAAAUCGUCAUUGUCUAAGCCUAGAACCAGAUAAGGGCAACUAAAUCUUCCAAAUUUUCGUGAUUUGGGGCAGUUGGGAUUGUUGUUCCAGCUUAGAGCAUUCCGAUACUAGAUACAAUUGUUGUUGUUUGUAAAAUUGACAAAUUUUUAUUAUGUGUUAGCCUAUGCUUUUAGCUUUGAUGUUUUAUAAUGACAUUGGUC